CUUAGUUUUCUGUAGAAUUAUAUUGACAUGGUAGAUUUCACAAUUCAUUCUCUUUAUUUUCCAGAUGCAUGUCACAAUACAACGAGGGACAUCUGUCCCUGAGCUGCAAAAAUGCAACACAUGUUGCAGGAUGUACCACUGUCCAUUCUGCCAGCCCGCAUGGUUUAAACCCACAUACUACUGCAAGGUUAAGGACCAUGUGGAGGGCCAUUUUAACCGAGCAGUGUCACAUGAAGGGUAUACCAUUCAUAGAUGUGGGCUACAAUGCCGACCAAAACUGCAUUUUCAUUGCAUCUAUUGCUGUGGAAUAAUAAUGCGCCGGGUACCCUUUAUAAAUCACCUUCGCAUAUGUAAGGAAAAGCACCCUGCUUUGAUGGUUUCUGCUGCUGCUGCUAAGGCGCCUGCAUCCCCACGACCCACUGCUGUCUCACCUUUUGCUGCCCCACCCACCGCUGCCCAUCCCUCUGCUUCCCCACCCUCUGCUGGACCUUCUAUCGCUGGACCUUUUACUACUGGACCUUCUACCGCUACGCCACCUGCUGAUGCACCACCGUCUGUGCUGCCUGAUGUGGCUGCAUCAUUCAUUGCCCCAUCUGUUGCCCCACUCUCCACUGCACCUCUUGCUACUGCGCCAUGUGCUGCUGCAUCCUCUGUGCUGCCUGCUUCUGCCCCACACAGUGCCUCGCCACCUACAGUGCCCAUACCGCAAGGUGGACGGAUGAAAAAAAUCCGUCAUCAACAGAUUACUCAAAAAUGUCCCAUCUGCCAUAUUAUGUUCAAUAAGAAAAACAUUAAAACGCAUAUUGAAAGAAAGCACACUAAAAGGCAAAAGGAUGUGACAGCAAUGCACCACCUCGAAAAUGAGUGCAUCGAUCCCGUGAAUGGAAUAUAUGCUGUUUCAAAGUCUCACUGUGGUACUUGUAUUCCCCUUCAUGUUCAGCUUAAAAUAUGGGGUGAAAAUCAGCAUGUUUCAUGUGAAUCAUCCGACUGCCAGACAAACAUGGACUUUGCAUUGAGGAGUGGAUUGUCUUCUCAUCAGUGUGUACACCUCAGGUCCAUAGUAUACUGUUCUGCAAAGGAGAAGCAACUUGUGGACCUGAUUGUGCAGUCCGGAGAGGCUGAGCAGCAUAUCGUGCCACUUCCGGCGUAUGUCUACCAUUGCCUGAAACUACCACCUCCGAGUCUGCAACUGGAUACUAUAGAAGUGACUGAGAGAAAAGCCAUGAAGUGCACGGAGGAGACUGUUUCCAUGGCUCAGGUGCGAGAAUUAUUGGAGCAGCAAAAAGACUUUGAUGCCACUCUGUUAGCUCAACAGAAGAAACAUUUCAAAUUGUGUGUUGAAGUCCUUGCUGACUCUGCAAACAAGAAAGUGUGGGAACUCAUGGGUCAAGUGCAUGACCUUAGAUCCAUUUUUAAUAAGUCCAUGUCCAUUUACUUACAUGGUACAAAAGACCAGAUUGGAAAGAGUGGGACCUGUUUCAUCAGUGUGGAUGUUUGGGUUGUUGAUGGCGCCCCAAGAGGGCAGUCUUGCACAAGGCACCAAUUCAAGCUCGGACCACCACUGAGGACCUGCACAGCAGACAAAGCCAUGCACAGCUCGAAGCAGAGUUGA